CAAAUCUUAAAGCUUUAAAGAAAGAAAAGUUAUGGUGAUAAAGAAAGUGAUGGGUGGAUCAGUGUGUGCGCUAGUCUCAGUGAUGGUAGUUUUGGUGGUGAUUUUAAACCCUGUGACUGUGAACACUGCAAAAACAUGCCAAGUAGUGAUAUCAAAGAUACUUCCAUGUGAGCAAUACUUGAGGGGGAAUGAAGGGAUGACAGUGCCAUGUUGUCAAGAGGCUCAAGCCUUGAACCAGAUGGCUAAUUCUACAGCAGAUCGACAGUUGGUGUGUAAGUGUUUCAAACAAGUUGGACCCUAUUUCGGGAUUAAAAUUGACAGAGCUCAGCAACUUCCCAUUCUUUGCAAAAUUGAUAUGCACGGAAUACCCAUUGACCAUACUGUUGAUUGCAACACGAUUAAAGUUUGAUGGAUGACUUUGUGGAAUUUAUAAGCAAGGAUGCACGAUGACAAACCUUGGCCAGCCACAAUAAAAAUAUUGCUUGUUUGUUAUUUCUUAAUUAUUUAAAAUUUCUACAUGUGUGGACAAUUAUAAUGUGAAUAAAUUGUCAUGUUCUCCUGAGA